AUGUUGCUGUCUCGUCGUGCCUGCUACAAGUGUGGCAAUAUUGGCCACUAUGCUGAGGUCUGCUCCUCGUCCGAGCGUCUCUGCUACAAUUGCAAGCAGCCUGGACAUGAGUCCAGCAGCUGCCCGCGUCCUCGUACUACCGAGAGUAAGAUCCGUCCAAUCUCAGGCUUUGGAAAGCGCAAGGAUGUUGACUCGUCGAUAAUAGCCAAGCAGUGCUACAACUGCCAGGGACUAGGCCACGUUCAGGCCGAUUGUCCUACUUUGCGUCUCAACGGUGGAGCUAACGGCCGCUGCUACAACUGCAACCAACCCGGCCAUCUCGCUCGCAACUGCCCCGCUCCUGCUUCUGCUUCUGGUGCUGGUCGUGGUGUCGGUGCUCCUCGCGGGGGAUUUAACGGUGGAUUCCGCGGUGGAUAUGGUGGUUACCCGCGUGCCGCCACUUGCUACAAGUGCGGUGGUCCCAACCACUUCGCUCGUGACUGCCAAGCUCACGCUAUGAAGUGCUAUGCUUGCGGCAAGCUUGGUCACAUCUCCCGUGACUGCACCGCCCCCAACGGUGGCCCCUUGAGCUCUGCUGGCAAGGUCUGCUACAAGUGCUCUCAGGCCGGCCACAUCUCUCGCGAUUGCCCUAACAACGAGGCUGCUAACCAGCAGCCUGCUGAGUCGGCUGCUGCUCCUGCUCCCGCUGCCCCCGCUCCUGCUGCUACCACUGCCGCUGUUGAGGUCAGCGCCGAAGCUGCUCCUGUUACGGCCGCUGCUCCCACCGCCGCUGUCGCUUAA